ACAACACUGGGCUCUAAAUAGUUUCAGGGGUCACCUCUGUCAAAGAUGAUUGACUGAGGCAGUCAGUCUUAGGCAGGACCUUAGGCAGCCUUCUGCCCGCGUUGCUGAUGCAGCUGCACGUCCAGUUGCACAUCCACUAUCAAAGUCCGUUCUAGUCCAGUGCUCUGCCGAUAGGAAUAGGGACACACAUCUUCAACCCUGAUGGUGACCAGUUUGCUCAUGACAGCUGGACCUACUUUCCGUGUUGUGUUCACAUUUGGGAGGAGAGAUGGCAACCUGCAGGUGUUGCACCCAUGUCGCCCUUGUCGGUGAGACGUGAUCCGUUUCCCCAGUUGCCUAUUGCUGUAUAUAUCCUGUUUUAUGUUCAGAACCUCACUAAUGAAAGAAAAACCGCGUGUGCUUUGAUUUCCAACUCGUGUUCCCCACCAUUGCUCAUUCAAGUGGCAGCCAAUGCGCAGCAGGAUCCCUCCCUCCCUCCCUCUUCCAGGGUAAGGAAAGUCCCCGCGGGUCUCCCUGGGCAGAGCGAGCGAGCGAGAGGCGGCUUGGCGCGGGUUUCUCCUCCGGGCCGGCUGCGCGGACUUUGCUCGCAAUGAGUCUCCGUCGUGAGGAGGCAGCUUUCGAGCAGCUCCGCUGCCCGGGCUCCGAUGGGGAAGAAGAGCUCGCCGUCUCGGGCAGCCGGCCGUUGCUCCGCGGGCAGGAGGCGUCCGGCGGCGGGGGCGCGGCGGGGGCCCCGGCCAAGCCGCCCUACUCCUACAUCGCGCUGAUAGCCAUGGCCAUCGCGCAGAGUCCGCGGCAGAAGCUGUCUCUGAGCGGGAUCUGCGCCUUCAUCCGCGGCUGCUUCCCCUACUACGGCGAGCGCUUCCCCGCCUGGCGAAACUCCAUCCGCCACAACCUGUCGCUCCACGACUGCUUCGUCAAGGUGCCCCACGAGCCCGGCCGCGCCGGCCAAGGCAGCGACUGGAGCCUGCACCCGGCCGCGCAGGGCAUGUUCCGCCACGGCAGCUUCCUCCGCCGCCGGAGGCGCUUCAGGCGGCCCCCGCUGCCUUCCCCGGCCGCCCCCGGCGCCGGGACCCCACUCCUCCUCCCGCCGCCGCCGCCGCCCGGCUCCGUGCUGCCCGGCGGGGAGCGGCCCCCGGGGGCGGAGGGGGGCCUUGGCCGCGGCCCCCGCAGUUGCUCCUUCAGCAUCGAGAGCAUCCUGAGGGGCCCCUCGCCGAUCCCCACCCGAGGAAGGGCAGCCGCGCGCCCGGAUCGCCGCUGAGGGAUGCGAGCGGUGCUAGCUCGGAUUGGAGCCCGAAGUGCAGACGCUCAGGCGCCUCUGUUCCUGCACAGACUCACUUUCUGGUGCUGCUCCUCCUCCAGGAGGUUUUCUGCCGACCUCCCCAUCUCAACUGGUCUGGGAUUUAGGGAGGGUUACUCUUGGACAUGAAGUGUUCACAGCGCCGAAGAUCUGAAGAAAGGCAGUCUAGUACUUCCUGAUGUUUUAAAAUAACUCAACAAAAAGACUUUACUGUAGUAUGUUUGUAAAAUGGCUAUGAUGUGAUAAACCUGUUAGUCUUUAAAGUGCCACCAGGUCUCUGUUGAUUACCUCUCCGGUUUAUUCUGCUUUAUUAGAUGUUCAGUGACCACAUUGUUGUACAGAGGGGCUAAAAAUCGCAACAAAAGCAAACAUUUGGUAUGAAAAGUUGCAGGAUUUCAACAGGAAGUUCAGAUAUGCAUUGACUGGAAAUUAAGCAGCAUAACUGCCUGAAAACCUUUAUAGGUGCAAAAAGUUUUGAAAGCAGGGUCGUAUAUGACCAUCCCAAUGACGUGAGCACAAAGCAUCAUGAAUUGCACAAUAAGAAGGGCAACUGAAGAGUCCCUAACUGCGCUACCACAGUUUGAUGUUCUGAGAAAUCUACUAUCAUCACUUGCCUGUGCAAAUUAAUCAAAAGUAGAAACAAAAUUGAGAAUCACCCCAUAUCAGUUUACCAAAGAUUUUAAAAUGCCAAAUGGAUGUUAGACAUAUAUAAAUAGAAAGUCCAGCUAAAUAUUUAUUACAUGUGACCUCGGUUAUUGGAAUUUGCUGUAGUGCAUUGUUGAAGUGAUGUCUUGUUUGGGACUCAGAUAAAAUUUCUUUCUGUCUGAUUUUUAAUAGCGAUUCGUUUAUUGGACUGGGGGGGGAAUUCAUUCAUUUGCUGGUUGGUGCUGGCCAUAAAAGUCAUAUUAAUUGGUUAACUAGUUAAAAAGAUAUUGGUUGGGUUUUUUAAAAAUGACAACAGCAUCAUUAAAUUGGUGGCUGAUUGCUCUGGUAUGAAGCAUUUAUUAUUAUUAUUCUAGCAGACUUUUAAUUCAGUUCUGAUUUUAUGGUUUAAUCUCCUGUAUCCCACUUAGAGGUGAUUGUGAUCAAGCUGUAUACAAUUAAUGAAAUACAAUAAAUAAAAAUCUGAUGUGGAGUA